AUGAUGUCUUCGACUUCUUCAUUAUCAAAAGAAUUUCUUACGGAAAAUCAACAACAAUGUUCUGAUCGCCCGAAAGCCAUAUUGACUCCAAUUAUGAAUCUCGAUCGUCAGUCACAAGGUCAACUGCCAUCAUCUACAACUCACAUAGUUGUGCCGAGAACAUUUUAUCGAUCGCAAAUUACACCUGAUCGAUUCGAUAGUUUAAGUAACAAUCGACAAUAUAUACAAAGUCCACAACAACGUCGAUUUUCAGCAAGUCAAAUAAACGGUUCUUCACUUUCGAACUCUUACUUGUCUGAACAAGAACGAUCUGUACCAACGAUUUCAAUGCAUUCGCAAUACCAUCAACAACAACAACAACAAUAUCGACCAACAACUAAUAAUAAACGCGCUGUAAUAAGUAUCAGUUCAACGCAAUCACCGUUAAUCAGAAUAGCUUCAGCUGGUACACCAAGUCGAUCGGAAAUUCGUGUGUUAUCAUCGCCGACGAAAAAUAAAUCAACUCUACAUGAAAUUUGUAUUUCUCGACCAGAUUCACCAUCAAUAUUGAUUAAUCGUACUGGAAUUAAUCAACCAAUACAAUUUACCAGUAAUACAAACACUAGUACAAUUACGCAUGGAAAUGGAAAUGCUUUCCAUAUUUCAGUUGGAGCACCAACCAAUACAAUUCAACUUGAUAAUAAUAAACAUAGACAAACACCAACAACGUUUCAUCAAGGUGAAAAACGUCGUAAUUCUAAUGAUAAUCGAUAUACAUCAAAUAUUGUUGCGAAUCGAUUCAAAUCAUCAAUGGCUUAUACUAGUCUGAAUAAUAAUAAUUUUGAUCGGCCGUCCAUCAGUGCGAAUUUACCGCCGGCUUCAAGUUCGAUUUCUUUACCCCAACGCAACGGACACGCGAUGAGAAAAGAGCAAUCCGACGUUGAUCAUUUAACGAAAUUACUGAUGAAAAGUAUGAAUGUAUCCAAUGAACCAAAUUUUUUUGGAAUGUGUGCUCGAUGUAACGAUGAAAUUGUUGGAGAGGAAAAUGGAUUGAUAGCCAUGGACCGAAUGUAUCAUGUGUCAUGUUUUACGUGUACGAUGUGUGGAUGUCGUUUACGUGGUAUGCAUUUUUAUUCAAUGGAAAAUAAACCUUACUGUGAAUCGUGUUAUAUUAAUUCAUUAGAAAAAUGUGUGACAUGUCUUCAACCGAUUACUGAUCGAAUUCUCCGUGCAACUGGUAAACCUUAUCAUGCUCAAUGUUUUUGCUGUGUGACUUGUCAGAAAAGUCUUGAUGGCGUAGCAUUUACUGUUGAUGCAACAAUGAAAAUUCAUUGUAUCGAUUGUUUUCAUGAAAAGUUCGCUCCACGCUGUUAUGCAUGUCAUCGAGUUAUACUACCAGUCUCUGACCAAGAAGAAACAGUUCGUAUUAUUGCAUUUGACCGAAGUUAUCACAUUGACUGUUAUCGAUGUGAAAAUUGUAACGUACAAUUUACAACAGAAGAAGGUUGCUAUCCGAUAGAUGAUCACGUUCUUUGUCUCCCAUGCAAUCGAAAUUAUUCAAAGAAAAAGCUUAACCAUUCUUAA